CAUUGUAUCCAGGAUAGCACCUCAUUUUAAGGUUGCACACUGCCAUGUUGACCGGUCUGCGUGAUAUGCACGUGAAUAUCACGGGACAAUCGACCAAAGCUUCCGCCCCCAAUCUCAGCCGAGCCGUUCCAGGCUGGCAGCGCAGCAAAAAGCAAACAUCGCAUCUCUUUCCCAACUCAUUCUUUCUUUCUCCUUUUUAAUCUUGUGAUCGUCUCGCACACAGUCUUACCGGGCGUAUCCAUGUAUUCUGAAGCUCGGAACAUUUUUGAAGUCGUUGACGAUGCUGUCCCUGCUUCAGACACCGGAUGGGAUGAUUCUGUGGUGAGCACAUGAACGUCCUGCUGCCUAUUUCUUCGGUUGCACGCCUCCACUUUUGCCCUUGGGCAGGGCUCAGGCUCAGGCUCGGGCUCGGGCGUGGGCAGGCAAGGGCGUCGUCGCACGCCUCACUCCUCACUCCUCACGCAAACCAUCCGUCGUGCCUCUCAACUCUCUCCUUUUCCUCGUUUCACACCGCACACAGAUGAAUAAAUCUCUCAUACAAAUUGUUAGUGCCAUGCUGUUCUCGCUCUCGUACUCACACAUUUCCUCUUUUCGUCUUUUGAUUCGAUGACUUGACCGCUGCUCUGCUUGCGCUGCCGCAUUGCUCCCCUAUCUUCCAAUCACAGGGGCGGAUCGACCAGGUCAGGCUUUGCCCGAGUUUGCUCACCGAAAUCCUGGUCAGCAGUGCAGCCAGCCAGCCCCUCAACCAAGGAGAUAAUCUGAGGCAACCCAUUUUCCCCAUUUCUCUCUCAGUCCGCAAUAUAGCAUGGUUUGGAGUCUGCCUUGUCGUCCGUAUUCCUGCGAACCAGACUUUUCCUGUAUCUCCAGAUCCAGCGGGAAUAACCACGAGCUUGCUGUCGCCCCGUCUAGUUCGCCCAGGACGUGAAGAGCAGAGACGGCGACGAGGUCCCAGCUUUACGGCUCAAUGUUCGCUGCCCGUGGGCAAAUAAACAGCUUUUCUUAAGCCCCACUGCUGCAGGAAACUCCACGAGCUUUGCGGUCGUUCGGGAAAUACGCCGAAUCGUAAAUUGAUCCAUCGUUUGAUUGUGGAAAAUAGUCUCCUGGUUCGAACUUUCUUGACGAUCUCAUGUGUUGUCCUAGCUAACGCAUUCCAGUCACCAUGGGAAGCCAAUCGAAUUACCAGCGCGGUGGUAAUCGCUCAGUACGACAAAUCUCCAAGUCUAGUGUGUAUUGUUUCUGUUCUGAUGAGCAUACGUUUAGUUCCCUUCACUGGCUUCCAUAAGUUCGAUGGACCAAGGACAAAUGUACACAAGGGAGAUGGGACCUCCCUCAUCGGAUUUCCCUCCCCAACCCGUGGAGAUUGAUUUGAAUUCGUCCAGGACAUUACCGAACCCUUCGGUCCCUGCAUCCAUGCAGUGGGAAUUACUUUCUUCCCCAGGAUAUGGAGAUGUCUCUUCUUAUGGAGGAUCUAACAUUCCCAGAAUGUCGACAAUGCCAAAUGAUGUGCAGAGCCGUGGACCAUCGGACAAUCCGCUGAUAAAUUGGUACUCAGCUAAUGAUGGACCCUGGGCACCUUUCCCAAAGGGCCCAGAGUCUGCCACGGAUGAACGUCUGUUACUAAAGCAGGCAAAUAAUCGAAAUGUGUCUUACUCAGGUCAGUAUCGCCAUCAAAAUCAAUCGGACGCCUCAAAUUUCCACUUUGGAGUUCCACAUUCGGAUUCUGGUUAUGGCACUCGCCGCAGUGUUGGAAAUACUUCCGUAUUCAGUGCAGAUGUCCACGAUAGAGACCAGGAUAGUCAUAGUAUGGUUGGUCCAUCUCAGGACUUCUCAUCUUUCGCUCAUGGAUAUCAUGAGGUAUUGCAACAGCGUGAUAGCAGAACGAGUGGUACAUGGAGCCCCCCAACUUCCCAUUCAGUGGAGUCACCUGGUCUGGUCUGCCCCACGUGCCACAAGCAGGUCAAGACACAAUCAGAGUUGAAGAAACAUGAUUUGCGGCAUCGGAAGCCAUAUGUGUGCGGAGUUCCUGGUUGUCCUCGUACCCAAGGAUUUAGCACCACGAACGACCUAGAUAGGCAUACGAAGAGCAAGCAUCCUUCAGCCAUUCCGGAGAAUGCACCCACCAAGAAAUAUCGAUGUCUUGUCCCAGGAUGCAAAUCAAAAGAUAAGGCAUGGCCGAGACUCGACAAUUUUAGGAGUCAUUUGAGGCGUGUGCAUGAAAACUUUACUAGCUUUGAAGAAAACCUCGAUGAGAUCAUCAGGAGGGCUGAAUUUUGGGAGAGAAGUGGCAUCAUUUCCGAACCAGAGGUGACUAACCAUCAACUUCCUAUCCCAGAAGAAAGUAGACCAGCACAUUCCGGGCAUGGAGGUCUUCCAAGACAGACAGGACAAUAUCCGGAUAUCAUGGAUCGGAUCCAAGAUUACAGCCCACAGCAUGGACCACAAUCUGCAUCUUUUGAUAGUACUGCAUCCUCACCAGAGGAGAAAUCCCCUCAGUCGGAGGAGUCUCUGCCAACAACAGUUCAGCCGGUUGAAGUUUUCCCACCUCCCGCUCAGAUCCCUGAGAGGAGGAUGACAUUGAAUGAUCUCCUAUCCACCAAUCUUGACCCUUCUCUAAAGGCAUCUGAACAGGCGAGGUCAAGCUUGUCAGCAAAGGUCAGCCCCCAAGGUAAGGCAGCGAGGCAAACAGUCCCAGCCACAGAUGCCACUUUGACAAAAGUGAUCCAAAAGGCACUAGCUGCAGUCAAUGAUGCCCCCACGGAGCCCUUUCGGAAUCAGGAGUCCGAAAGAACCAGUCUGCCCACCCAGAAAGUAGCCCCCAGAGAAUACAGUUCCGCUAAUCCAGAUGCGGCGACUUUGAUUACCAAGGCCAGUCCUAUGAAGCUUGCAGACACCCCGUCUGAGGACACUUCCAAGGAUGACGAAGCCCAGAAGAAGGCUUCGGAAGUUCUGAAGAUCAUCCGCAAAUUGGGAUUUACUGUUUCAAAAGAUCCCACACAGGCUCCUAAAGUCCAAAACCCUGGGUCUGUAGCAAGUAACAAGAGCGAGCACCAGGUCACCUGCCCGAUCUGUCAAAAGUUCACAGGACGGCCUUGCGAGUUAAAAAAACACAUGAAGCGUCACGAGCGGCCCUAUGGCUGCACAUUCCCAACGUGCAACAAAGACUUCGGCAGCAAGAAUGACUGGAAGCGUCACGAGAACUCACAGCACUUUCAUUUGGAGAUCUGGCGAUGUGACACGGAACGACCUGAAGGAGGCACUUGCGCAAAGGUCUGUUACCGGCGCCAGACUUUCCAAGACCAUCUCAAGAAGGAACAUCAGAUCUCCGAGCCUGAGGAUGUGAAGAAGAAAAUUGAUGACUGCCGGAUCGGCCGGAAUUGUCAAUCUAGGUUUUGGUGUGGUUUCUGUAAGAAGCUCGUCGACUUGAAGAAGAAGGGUUUGGAUGCUUGGACCGAGAGGUUCGAUCAUAUUGAUGACCAUUUCAUGGGACGGGCCCCGUUCCCUAAGCAAGGGAUCCAGGAUUGGGUUCCAGUGGAUAGUGAUAAACCGAAGGGAGAUGUUUUGGUGCCAUCUCCACUUGGAUCUGGAGCUGGAUCUCCUCCGAAUGGACAUGCUGGAUCCCCAUCUGGUUCUGAAGGCCAAUCAUCGACCAGUCCGAUACAUAUCCAUGAGAAUUCUAAUACUCUCAAAAGGCGGGCCACAGAUGAAGCAGAAGGAGCGAAACCCCCCAAACAAGCCAGUUUUUACAAAGACUACGAGGCGAGAGUGUACUGCUGCCAAUGUCGCGAACCCUACAAUCUCAAGUACUACCAGAGCUGCACCACAUGCACGGAUUGUCACAGUUUCUGCGAUAAUUGUCCCAAAGAAGCCGUGAAGAUUGUUGAUAAGAUGCCGCCAGCUGCAUAAUUGGAAGUGAUAUUUGUGCUCAGUUUACUUACAUCUCUAUCUUCCUGCUGGUUUGUGCUGCAUUGAUAGUAUUUCUGCUGCUCUUUUUUUGAAGUAUCUCUCUUAUGAUCUACGAAAAUAUCUGUUUAUGUUUAUUCUAUUUCCUUUUUAACGAUUAUGUUGAUGAUACAUGUACCAAAAGAAGUUUUUUUUUUCCCUCUUUAUUUUCUUAACGGAUUUAUUCAAGGUUGGAUGGAGAUGUGAAAUAUUAGACAUGUGCAAGCAAGUUUUCUUGGAUGGCGCUGGAGGAUGGGAAAUGGAAUACCACUUCGUCUUGUCGUGUUUUGCUUGGGUAAUUGCUGUUUACGAAUCUCAUGUAUUGUACUUUUACGAGGAAGACCUUACGAGGCAGAACCAGAGCGGUGCAUCUAAUGACUAUGAUAAUGAUCAAC